AUGCUCUCCGUCUCUUCUCUUCUUAACCCACCGUCCCCGGGGCCGCUCCCUGCCCCUCGGAUCCUCCCAAGUCCUGCUACGUCCUCGCCCGGAAGUUGCUAUACAGACAGGGCAUCACCAGCGUACUUCGACAAACCAGUAAUCUCCAAGCUCAAGAUGCCCAAGGAUGCAGCUCCGAUGUCAAAGUAUAAGCCUCGGGGAGUUAUCAAGUACUUCCCUUUUGAGAAUGUCGACGACUUGAGCCGGCGGGAAAUACUCCGGUUCCGCGUCACCCCUUUUGGCCGAAUCCAAGAGUCUUGCGCACAUAUCCCAUAUAACAGCGGCAAGAAGGAUUUCUUUGAGAAGACGGGACGAGAGAGCUUCGAGGUCUUCAAGUAUGAGUUCAAAGUCCCAGGAGAGGACAUCGAUUUCACAGUCAUGUGGGACUAUAAUGUUGGGCUUGUCCGUAUGACUCCGUUCUUCAAGUGUUGCAAAUACUCCAAGACUGUGCCGGCAAAGAUGCUUAGCCUUAACCCGGGCCUCAAAGACAUCACCCAUAGCAUCACGGGAGGCGCCAUUGCUGCCCAAGGAUACUGGAUGCCGUAUGACUGCGCCAAAGCUGUGUGCGCUACCUUUUGCUACACCAUCGCCGGCGCCCUCAUCCCUUUAUUUGGGCCCCUGUUCCCAUCUUUAUGCAUCCCACCUGGAUCCCCAGACUACCAGCGAAUGGUAAUCGACCGACGAAUCGUCGAAGCCGCCAUUAGGGAAGCUGAUCUCUCGCGAAAGGUCCAGCGACACGGAUACAGUUCUGUCGGCAUGAGCCAUAGUCCCAGCCUCGACAGCCAGCCGACGAGGUCUCUUCGAGAUGACAAACGGCUACGCCUAGACACCCGACGACCAAGUCCCUACAACGAUAUGGACGUGGAAGGCCACCGAUCUGGCCCCGAUUCGGCAUCAAGUAACGGCUCCGAUGUCAGCUACAGCUACGGGCACCACCACGCGCUGCACUCACGCUACCCUCAACCCCCCACAUCUGGGUGGACGCCCGUGAACCGUCCCGAGCCGUACCGUUUGGUCGACAAGAGCUACCGGUCACCCAAUCCAUACCUCAGCGCAGUGCCGCGCUUCACCCCGAUGAGCAGACACGCUGCUGCCCCUCGGUCUUUGUGGGUUCAUAAACGUCCAAUCGACCAGGAAGACAGCGACGGCGGCCGCGAUAGCGGAGAUAGCAACCACGGCAGCAGUCCGGCCCUGAGCUACGUAUCAGAGCACCGGCGAGAAGAGGAGUCAGAUGCCGAGUUGGCAGAACAGAACGCCGCCCUUGGGCUGAUGACCCUCCGGACUCGCAAGGAACCAGGAUAUCUCAGCGAUGUAGACGGCUCGGACACGCACCGCAGCAAACGACGGAGGGCCACAUCGGCGUGA